AUGAUUGCCAGCAUCCUACAGGCUACAUCUUUCUACAAGGCCACGAGGGAGAGAGGCGCCGAGGUGACUCUGGGCUUUCUGCCAUUCAAUCAUAUCUAUGGUCUUUUGAUCACUCACGCCCUCAUGUACUACGGCGACAGCAUCAUCGUGCAUCGGGGGUUCAAUCUGAUGGAGGUCUUGACUUCUAUCAUGAAAUAUCGCAUCAACACACUUUAUUUGGUGCCACCCAUCAUCAACGCUCUAUCGCGAAACGCAUCCAUAUUGAGUCGCUUCGACUUAAGCUCCGUUCGCGCCAUUGUUUCAGGUGGCGGGCCUCUUGAUAAAGAAGCUUUCGCGAGAAUGCAGGCUGCGCGACCUGAUUGGCAACUCCUCAGUGGCUGGGGUCAGACCGAAACCUGCGGUAUCGGAUCCUUGUCUCAUCCUCAUGAUAUAUUCCCGGGUUCGAGCGGUAUCCUGCUUCCAGGUGUCCGCAUCGUACUGAGAGAUGAUAACGGCCGCGAGAUUGAAGGACUAGAGGAGAUGGGCGAGAUCGAAAUUGCCUCUCCUAGCGUCCUACGUGGAUAUAUCGGCCAUGCCAGCGAGGCGCUUCUCCCGCCCGCAGGUGACGAAGAAUUCUCGUGGCCAACAGGGGAUGUCGGUCUCUUCCGCACAGCUCCAAGUGGCGAAACCCAUCUAUUCAUUGUAGACCGGAUACGCGACAUGAUUAAAGUCAAGGGCAACCAAGUCGCGCCUGGCCAAAUUGAGGGCCACUUGGGCCAACACCCUGCUGUGGCCGAGACUGCGGUCGUUGGCGUGCCUGACGAAGUAGCCGGCGAGCGAGCUUUGGCUUUUAUAGUCCGGGCGCCUUCAUACACUCCGGACGCAAGCGACGCUGAAGUCAAGAAGACGAUUCGGGACUACAAUGACCUGACGUUGCCCGAGGUGUGCCGUCUACAGGACCGUAUCAUCUUUGUUGAACAGAUCCCGAAAAGUGCAAGUGGCAAGGUGCUCAAGCGAGAAUUGAAGAAGCAGCUGUCUACAACUGACCCUCGGCAAAAGGUGUGA